AUGGAGCUGUUGAAAUUGGAUACAAAUUCUGACUCCAAAGAGGAUAACCCUUUGGAGAACAAGUCAAAAAAUAACAAUGCACUUGAGUCUUCUGACAGUCUGAGAAAUAGAAAGAUAUCAGCUCGAUGGAAUCCGGUUGGAGCAUGUCGACCUAUAAUUCAAGAAGCACCAGUUUUUUAUCCGACUAUUGAAGAGUUUGAAGACACACUCAGUUACAUAGAAAAAAUAAGACCCUUCGCUGAACCCUAUGGCAUAUGUAGGAUUGCUCCUCCAGCUUGCUGGGUUCCACCCUGUCCUAUUAAGGAGAAAGAUGUAUGGGACAAUGCUGCAUUUGCCACCCGUAUUCAGCAAAUUGAUUUGCUUCAAAAUAGGGCACCUAUGAGGAAAAAAUGUAGGGGAAGGAAGCGAAAACGUGGAAAGCAUUCCAGAGCAGGCACAUGUAAGAGGAAGCCUGCUAAUGCAGCUUGUGAAGAGAAAUUCGGAUUUCAAUCAGGAUCAGAUUUCACGCUUAAAGACUUUCAGAAAUAUGCUAAUUUUUUUAAGGAAUCCUAUUUUGGUUUGAAAGAUGCCAAUGGAGACAGAAUAGAUAGUGACAGUAACCAUCAGACAAGAUGGGAGCCCUCUGAGGAGGAAAUUGAAGGUGAAUACUGGCGAAUAAUUGAGCAACCAAGUGAUCCGGUUGAGGUGUAUUAUGGAGCUGACUUGGAAACUGGAUCACUUGGAAGUGGUUUUCCUAAGGCAUCAUCCAUAACUACGAGUGACUCAGAUCAAUAUGUACUGUCUGGUUGGAAUCUGAACAAUUUCCCGCGACUACCAGGUUCUUUGCUAAGCUACGAAGGAAGUGACAUAUCAGGAGUUCUAGUGCCAUGGCUGUAUGUUGGCAUGUGUUUUUCAUCAUUUUGCUGGCAUGUUGAGGACCAUCACCUCUAUUCACUGAACUAUUUGCACUGGGGUGACUCAAAAGUAUGGUAUGGAGUACCUGGAAGCCAUGCUCCAGACCUUGAAAAUGCUAUGAGGAAGCACUUACCACAUUUAUUCGAGGAACAACCAAAUCUAUUAAAUGAACUGGUUACCCAGUUUUCUCCUUCAAUUCUUAAAUCUGAGGGAGUGCCUGUGUAUCGCGCAGUUCAGCAUUCUGGGGAAUUUGUUAUUACCUUUCCAAGGGCAUAUCAUGCUGGCUUCAAUUGUGGCUUCAACUGUGCAGAGGCAGUGAAUGUGGCUCCUAUUGAUUGGUUAAUGCAUGGACAGAAUGCUGUCGAACUUUACAGUUUACAAUGCCGAAAAACAUCCUUGUCCCAUGACAAGGUGUUAUUUCGAUCUGCACUGGAAGCAGGACGGGCCAUUACAGAACUAGCUCUUGGAAAUGAAUCUCCAAAAAAUUUGAAAUGGAGAAGUGUCUGUGGGAAAGAUGGAGAUCUUCCCAAGGCAGUUAAGGCAAGGAUAAAGAUGGAAGAAGAAAAGCUAGAUUGCCUUCCAACUCAUCUUAAGGUUCUCAAGAUGAACAGUGACUUUGAUUUGUACACGGAAAGAGAAUGCUUCUCUUGCUUCUAUGACUUGCACCUAUCUGCUGUGGGAUGUGAGUGCUCUCCUGGCAGAUAUUCUUGUCUUAAGCAUGCUAAUUUGUUCUGCUCAUGCGGAAUGGACAAAAGAUUUGUUCUGCUUCGAUAUACUAGAAAUGAGCUAAAUAAUUUGCUUGAAGCAUUAGAAGGAGAAUCACAUGGUAUUGAGGUGUGGGCAAAUAAAGAUUGUGGAAUGGUUUCCGCCAAUGCCAAUGAGGUUUGCAUAGAUAAAUCAGAUGUUGAAAAAGAUAUCUACAAAACCAAGAAUUGUGAAGAAAGGGAUAACUUAACUGGCUGUGUAGGAACCAAGGAUAGGUCAAAUUUAAACACACCUAGUAGUCCUAAUAGUCAUAUUACUUCGAAGAUAGUGCAGUCUGAGUCUCGCCCUGUAACUUCUAGUGCAGCAUAUGACAGUAUAGAUAGUCAUUGUGACAAUAUUAGUGAUAAAACGUUUGUCGCAGACAAGGAAGAUAAAAUGGAUCAGAAUAGUUAUCUGGAUUUGAAUCUUGAUGUUACCUCUGGUGAAAAUGAAAAUCAUGUGCUGGAUAUUGCAGAUAACCAUUACAAUAAAGGCGUUUCAGAAGACGAAGAAGCUUUCAUGUAA